AAUAAUACAUUCAAGUCAGUCAGAGUCGUACAUACUAUCAAUGAUUACUGUAAUACUUUGGUAUAUGGAUAAUAACUCUCAAACUAUGUGUAACGAGGCCUCCCUCCGAGUCAUCACGUAAUUGUGUGAUGUUGGAGCGAUACAUCCUGAUGAUAUUUUUAUACUUUGAAAGGUUAAUAGAGUCGAAAAGUCUGCUUCCAACGUAAAAGGAAGUGUUGGUAUUCUUUAUGUGUGUUCUUAACGCCUCUGUUUCAAUGACAAGAUCUCUAAAAGGUUUUCCGUUUUUAAAACAUCGCUGCGGUUCUCUUAAAUCUCAUUUUGACGACAGCGCUUGAACGCAGCAUAUGAGGUAAACGGGAGCAGAGGACCAGUCUAGCAGCGUGGACAUGUCGGACCCGGCGGCGCAGGCCUUGCAACCGCGGCUUCUCCAAACCCAGACUGCUGGGUCAGCUGGGUCUAGUACUGCCGCGACAGGCUCCGGGUCAGGGAAUAGCGACCCGGCAAGACCGGGACUUAGCCAGCAACAACGUGCAAGCCAGAAGAAAGCCCAAGUCCGAGCUUUCCCACGGGCGAAAAAGCUCGAGAAACUUGGCGUAUUCUCCGCAUGCAAGGCUAGUGACACAUGCAAGUGCAAUGGAUGGAAAAACCCAAAUCCCCCAUCAGCCACACGUCUGGACCUGCAGCAGCAAGCGGCCAGCUUGAGCGAGCCGUGCCGCAGCUGUGGACAUGCUCUGGCUGACCAUGUGUCCCACCUGGAGAAUGUGUCUGAGGAGGAGAUUAACAGGCUGCUGGGGAUGGUGGUGGAUGUGGAGAACCUUUUUAUGUCUGUGCACAAAGAGGAGGACACUGACACCAAACAGGUCUACUUUUACCUUUUCAAGCUGCUGAGGAAAUGCAUUCUGCAGAUGAGCCAGCCAGUCGUAGAGGGAUCCCUUGGAAGUCCACCCUUUGAAAAGCCCAACAUUGAGCAGGGGGUUUUGAAUUUUGUCCAGUACAAGUUCAGCCACCUGGCACCUAAGGAAAGACAGACUAUGUUUGAGCUGUCAAAGAUGUUCCUCUUGUGCCUAAAUUACUGGAAGCUGGAGACACCAACGCAGUAUCGCCAGCGUAUCCAGAAAGAUGAUGGGACAGCCUACAAAGUGGACUACACUAGGUGGCUGUGCUACUGCCACGUCCCCCAGAGUAACGACAGCCUCCCGCGCUAUGAAACCACUCACGUGUUCGGACGCAGCCUGCUCAAGUCCAUCUUCACUGUGACCCGACGUCAGCUCCUGGAGAAGUUCAGAGUGGAGAAGGACAAGCUGCUACCAGAGAAACGCACACUCAUCCUCACACAUUUUCCCAAGUUCUUGUCCAUGCUGGAGGAGGAAAUAUAUGGGGAGGGUUCCCCAAUAUGGGAGGCUGACUUUACCAUGCCUGCCUCCGAGGGCACACAGCUGGGACAUCAGACAGUGAUCAGUCCUGCUGCGGUGUCCGGCUCCCCCGCGCUGCCCAAGGGUCUGAGCAGCAUCUCCUCUCUGGGCAGCAUGGACGCUGGAGCUGCAGAGCCCAUCACAGGAGAGAAACGCAAACUUCCGGAGGCGUUGACCCUGGAGGAUGCCAAGCGGAUCCGUGUGAUGGGAGACAUUCCUAUGGAGCUGGUCAAUGAAGUCAUGAUGACAAUCACCGACCCUGCUGCGAUGCUCGGACCAGAGACUAAUCUUCUGACUCCAAACGCUGCACGUGACGAGACUGCCAGGCUGGAGGAGAGACGGGGAAUCAUAGAGUUCCACGUCAUUGGAAACUCACUCUCCCAGAAGUCCAACAAGAAGAUCCUGAUGUGGCUGGUUGGCCUGCAGAAUGUCUUCUCUCAUCAAUUACCUCGCAUGCCCAAAGAGUACAUCACACGACUGGUGUUUGACCCUAAGCACAAGACCCUAGCCCUCAUCAAAGAUGGCCGCGUCAUCGGAGGCAUCUGUUUUCGGAUGUUUCCCACUCAGGGCUUCACGGAGAUCGUCUUCUGUGCCGUCACAUCCAAUGAGCAAGUUAAGGGCUACGGUACCCACCUGAUGAACCACCUAAAGGAGUACCACAUCAAACAUAACAUCCUCUAUUUCCUCACUUACGCUGACGAGUACGCCAUCGGCUACUUCAAGAAGCAGGGCUUUUCCAAAGAUAUCAAAGUGCCCAAGAGUCGAUACCUGGGAUACAUUAAAGACUACGAGGGAGCGACCCUCAUGGAGUGUGAGCUGAACCCGAGAAUCCCCUACACUGAGCUCUCUCAUAUCAUUAAAAGACAGAAGGAGAUUAUUAAGAAGCUGAUAGAGAGGAAACAGACCCAGAUCAGGAAGGUUUACCCAGGUCUCACCUGCUUCAAAGAGGGCGUACGACAGAUCCCUGUGGAGAGCAUUCCAGGCAUAAGAGAGACGGGAUGGAAACCCAGUAACAAGGACAAAGGAAAAGAGGUGAAGGACCCUGACAUGUUAUACAACAUGUUAAAGAACCUCCUGGCCCAGAUAAAGACUCAUCCUGAUGCCUGGCCCUUCAUGGAACCGGUUAAGAAAUCGGAGGCUCCAGAUUACUACGAGAUCAUCCGCUUUCCCAUCGACCUGAAGACCAUGACAGAGAGACUUAAGAAUAGAUACUAUGUGACCAAGAAGCUUUUCAUUGCCGAUCUGCAGCGAAUCAUCACCAACUGUCGCGAGUACAACCCUCCGGAUAGCGAGUACUGCAAGAGUGCCAACACCUUGGAGAAGUUCUUCUACUUCAAAUUAAAAGAUGGAGGACUAAUCGAGAAGUGAAACCCACAGAAUUAUUUACAGGUUUCUAAAAUGGAUGUGGGGCAACUUUCAGAUGACGAGGAAAACAUCGCAAGCUAUUGUCAUAUCUGAGUUAAUAAAAGGGUAUGUACAUGACUGGAAUUGUUGGACAAACAUAACAGUUUGGUAAUAUCGGAUCAAGUUGAGCAUCACAAAGUGUCAAACUGGCAUUACCUUUGAGUUAGCUUCUGUCAUUUUCCCUUUUCCAGUGCUCUCAGUGGGUCAAGACUCUGCAUAUACAGGUUUCAUUAAGUGUACCAAAGUUAUAGGUCCAAGUUAUAACAAUGCCACCAUUAAUUAUAAUAUGAUUGAUUUGGUUUUGUCGCAUUUAAUGACAUUUGUUCAUUCCAAUUUGCUUAAAACUCAAGCAGAGGUAUAUGUAGUGUAGAGUUUUUUCACAGAAAACUGGACCUCGGGACCUAAAGCCAUGUUGCCUUUCGUUACUGACAGACACUUGAACAUCCCAGCCAACGCCAUGGGUACAAAGACAACCGUUCUUUGAGGGGUGAAGUCCUUAAAACACGCUGCUUUGACUCUUGAGUAGUCUGGAAAUGAUUUGAUCAGUCGGUUGGUGAAUAAUUAAUCUAACACAGUUGUAAGUUGUUGAUGAAGUGCAAAAUACCAAACAUGUAAUGGUUAUAGCUCUAGUGUAUAUUACAUAUUCUUUACACUGUUGGUCUGAAAAGAGCUAAUUAUUUAUCAUUUAGCAACAUUAUUUUUAAGAAGAAAAUGGAUUGAUACCCGAUGAAAAGUGUUCGUUGCAUCCCUACUCUUGAGUAGUUUGAGACACUGCUAAUGAUGGACUGGGCAUCAAAUAUUGAUAAGCAAAACCAUUUCCCCAAUCGUUGCCUUCAGGAAAACACUGUUGUUUUCAUGUGGACAACAACAUUGUGGGUGCGUAAUUUAUACAGUUAAUAUAAUACACACUGUUUACACAUUUUCCACUGGCGGGGUUUUAUGCCGAACCAUUUAGGAUGAGGUCACAUUAGUUUAGCUCUUUCCGUGCUUUGCAGGUGUUCUUGAUCGUUUCGUUCCGUUGUUCUGUAGUUCGGUCUCUUCCAAACACGCACACACACACAUGCUAAGUAGUGUAUUUAGUGUACAGCCACACUGUUUGUGGUGGUCACAGGUUUACUGGAUUGUUUAUGUUGAGAUCUAAACAUGGGGGGGGGGGGCAGUCCUCAUAGUUCUGGUCUUUUGGAAAGAAGAUAACUGGUUUAUUUAUCACACUAUACACAAGCUGUAAGUGGACAGUUCACAAUUUGAAUUCAUAAAAAACAAACUUAAAACUUUUAGCCAUUGUUGUUGCAGGUUAUGUUUUCUUUUUUAAUUUCAGUGAGAUUUUAAUGUUUUGGUCGGCGGUCGCAUUCACUUCUUUUAUAAGAAGUAACUGUCCAAUGCUGGUUGGGCCUGCUUGUUGAAUGUUUCAUUGACUUGUGUGUGUGCGAGUGUGUUUAUUUUUUACUUGAAUCAUGACUAGCUUUGAAUGACUAAAGUGAUGUCAGCGUUGCAUUAUUCAGGAUGUCUAUUCCGUACUUUUUCCUUCAAUCUACUUAUGCUGCAUUUCAGAUUUUCUUAAAGUCAGUCUGAGUGAAGUUUCCACCUGUUUAAGGAUGGCUACUGUCUCUAGUAGCCAUUUACUGUAACUGUAAAACUGUUUCAUGACAAUAAAGUUCUUUUUUUUUAAUAGAUAUAUAAACAAAAGUUGUGAACUUAAGUCACUUGACUUGAGCUGAAGUCAGAACUGAAUACAAAUUCUGAGGAUAUCCGACCUGACAAAAUAAAAGACCUGCAAGAAAACCUUUCCCUGUGUGACCUCGCAUGAUACUGCCACAAUAUCAUAGGUGAUGGAUGUCACAGAGUAGUAUAAUUGAGGAAUGAUCUAAUCUAAUUUCAUGUGUAAUUAUAGUUCAACAGUUAUGUUAAAUUUGCCAGAGGCGUUAUGUUUUCGGGCUGUCCGCCAGUACGUCUCGUUCUUGUAAACUCAAUUUCUCAGGAACGCCCGUGGGAAUUUCUUCACAUUUGGCACAAACAUCCACUUAGAAUUUGGUCAACGGUCACUGACCUCACGAAUAGUUUUUAGAUCGUAGCAACGACCAUUGUUCCCUUUAUUACUGCAGUACUGCAGUAUGGCACUUUAAAAAAAACAACCUUUUUUAAUUUGCCGUAUCCUGACAAAGACCUCACUUCUACACAGAGUGAGACACUAGCUUUCUUAUGCCAUGUAGACCGAGGUGGUAACCACAGCAACCUGGCCCUUCUUCCUAUUACAUCCAUGGUUAAGCUGUCUUCCUCGCUGUAGCUAUAAUCUAGUCUUGUAGUUCCCUUCCAAGCAUUAACUGAAUGUCCUCUUGUUGUAAGUGCACUAUUUUCAGUCUGAGCUAACGUUGGUGUGAUAAAUGUUAGCGCUGUAGCACUAUGUUUAUCUGAGUGAAGGUCUAG